UGCUCACUGCAUAACUAUGCCCUUCAUUGAAUUACAUAGACCGCAUAUGAUUCUUGCAGUGUUAUCUGUACAUGACAUAUCAUUCACGAUCCUGACACGCCUCCAGCACACAUGCAUAGAAUAGACUACCUAUCUACCUACCUAUUCCCGCAAUCUAAAGUCCAAAUCGCCACCAACUCCCAAACCUCGCUCGCUCUUCCUCUCCAAGCGACCGCAUAUAGCGCCCCCUUGAUGAGAAGGAUACGGGAAAAAAGGGAGGGAAGUAAGGUUUUGCAAAUCCACAAGAGAACCCGCGAGGGUCUCCGUGUGAACGUACGGUACCAAUUCGAUUUUUUCAUGCUUCUAAAUUUCAAUCAAUAUUUUGCAAUUUGCUGCUGCUGCUGCUGGCGUAGCCAGGUAGGUAGGUCAUGGAAGGGAAAUCUGUCUCUGUUUGACUGAUCGAUAGCAGGCCGGUUGUUUGUGGACCCACAUCUGGCCUGAGAUCAUAUCACACAGAUCUAUUAAACCUCAGAUUUGACAAGUGAAAUUGAGUAUCCAAGCAACA